AUGGUCAGCGGGCAUCUGCCAUACGCCGCCGAUGCAGAAAGCCCUCUCAAACCCGCCGAACUCGCCGUUCUCCGCUCCCAGUACGAAAAAGAAGGCGAAUACGUGUCCCUCCAAACCAAAUUUAACUAUGCCUGGGGUCUCAUAAAAUCCACCCAACGUACCGAACAACAGGAAGGCGUACGACUCCUCUCAGACAUCUUCAGACAAUCUCCCGACCGAAGACGAGAAUGUCUCUACUAUCUGGCGCUGGGAAACUUUAAGCUUGGAAACUAUGCUGAGGCGAAGAGAUAUAAUGAUAGUUUGCUGGAGUUGGAGCCGAACAAUCUGCAGAGUCAGAGUUUGAGUCAGUUGAUUGAAGAUAGGGUGCAGAAAGAGGGACUUGUGGGAGUGGCGAUUGUUGGAGGACUGGCUGCUGCGGCCGCUGUUGUUGGUGGGUUGUUGAUAAGGGGAGCGCAGAGGAAGAGAUAA